CCUCCAUUAUCUAUACCCUCUGUAAUGGACCCCAAUACCAUCCCUUAAAAUCCAUGCCAUCCCUUUCACUUUUCGUUUAUUCAUUCAUUCUUCAUCUCCCUUUCUUUAAUACUUCGUAGGGUCACUAUCCCUCCAACACACAGAAGCUUCUCCUUCUCUUUCUAGUUUCUCCCACUUACUCACCCACCCAACCCACUUCUACAAAACGCAAUAAAAUCCAUUCACCACUUCCAUUAAUUUCUCUCUUUUCUCUCAACUAUCAAUUUCCAUGGAAGACCCUCAAACUCGAAGAAUCAGCACAGACUGUAAUUCACCUGAGUUCGAAUUCUGGAUGCUCAGGAACCCUUCAUUCCCACAACCCAACCUCCUCUCCGCCGAUGAACUCUUCGUCGACGGUGUCCUCCUUCCUCUCCACCUCCUCCCUGCACCGACUAACAAACCCGACCCGACCCAUGAAGGAGAAUCGCAUGAUCCUCACCCACAUGUUCAUGACCCGGAUCCGGAACCUGAGUCGUCGUCACCGGCUAUAACUGAACCUGCUUCCUCCACGCUCUCCACGUCAAAGCGGUGGAAAGACAUUUUCAGAAAGACUGAGAAGAAAAACACUGAAAGCAACAACAACAGCAACCCAGAAGAGAAAGAGAAGGAGAAGAGGAAGAAGAAAGAGAGAAAAAGUGGAAGCGGUGGUGCAAGUUCAGCGGCGGAGUUGAACAUAAACAUCUGGCCAUUUUCACGGAGCAGGUCGGCGGGGAAUACAGGCACCCGGCCCAAGUUGUUCGCCGGAGCUCCGGUGGCCAGGAAGGUAAACAGCGCGCCGUGCUCCCGGAGCAACUCUGCCGGCGAGUCAAAGUCCAGGAAGUGGCCCAGUAGUCCGGGUCGGCCCGGUAUCCAAGUGGGUCGGAGCAGCCCGGUAUGGCAGGUUCGCCGUGGAGGAACUGGAGGCUCCUCCAAGAACUCAGAGCCCAACGCCGAGAAAGUGUCAAAGAGAGAAACUCCGGCGCCUCGCCGGAGCAAGUUAGCCCCGAAAGCGAAGGUUUUGAGUCUGAAUGUCCCGAUGUGUAUAGGCUAUAGACACCACUUGAGCUGCAGAAGCGACGAGAAUAGUGCCGUCGGUGUGAGUAGCGCCACCUCUGACGGUGGCGCUAGUGGCCGUCAUAAUAGCGGUGGUGAGUGUAGUAAUGAUGGGGGCGGUGGGGUUAAUCUUUUUAACCUGCGCAACCUCUUCACCAAAAAAAGCAUAGUAACAUCUCACUAGUGUUUUUUUUUUAACCGUGCUUAUGUAAUUAUUUACCACUAGUUUUUAACCUUUUUGGGUUUUUUUGAUUUGUUUUGAUCUUCUUAUACUGAGAAAGCUAUAAUAUUAAUAAUUAAUAAUAAUGAUGAUAUAACUGGAAAA